AUGGCUCCUCUGCUCCUGCUUCUGCUCCUGCUCCUCCUCGCCGUAGCCGAUGCCGUCCCCGAUUCCUGCGCCAGAGCCACAUGCGCCGGCCAGGACAUCCACUACCCGUUCUGGCUCAGCUCCUCCGCGCCCGACUGCGGCUACCCCGGGAUCGGCCUUGUCUGCCAGGACAACUCCACGCUGAUCCUCCCCUUCAAGUCCCACAGAUACAUAGUACUCCGCAUCGACUACAAGACGCAUAACGUCCUAGUCUCCGACGCCGACAUCGUCGACGAGUACGCGGUCGGCUGCCCGCGCCUCCACGUGAACCUCACCAUCGACACCGUCUGGCUGCGGCUGGCGCCCUCCGAUUCCAACAUCACCUUCCUCUACAGCUGCAAGAAGAGCAUUACCCUGUCAUCUGCCGUGGAGCUGAGUGGGUGCGGCCAGCCACAACAACAAGACGGCAAUCGGUCGUACGUGCUGCGGGACGGUGGGAUCACGGGUGCCGAGGCGUACGAGUUCGAGUGCGAGGAGGUGGUGGUGGCGCCGGUGCUGGAUGUACACAAGAAGGCAAUCGUGGGCGCGCCUGACGAUCCGCCUCCGGCGAACGGAUCGUUCCGUGAGGUGCUGCAGGGCGGGUUCGAGCUGAACUACGACACCCACAACCACCAGUGCGACCGAUGCGAGGGCUCCGGCGGAUGGUGCGGCUACCAGCGCGACGAGACGCACGCCGGCGGCUUGGCGUUCACCUGUUUCUGCGAGAGCGGCCCGAGCUCGGAUCGAUGCGGUGCGCCGCGCUCAGUUGUUGCCUGGACAGGACCUCUGUGGAAAAUUAGUUCAGUGCGACGUCACCCGACUGCCGGUUCCGUCAAAACCAGAAGCGGCGGCGGCGGCCCAGUGUUCUCCAGUGCAUAG